CUGCCCUUUGGCAGUUAAGACAGGGUGUUUUGUGGGACUCGCCUCUAUUGCUCAAUUUGUUCUGUUCCGGCUGGAACAGUUCUACUUGUUUUUAAAACUGUAACUGUUCUGUCUGUCUUUAUAUUUGUGUGUUCUGUUGUUGUAGCCAGCCUUACGGUGAAAAGGUGGUUAAGGAAUCUCAUAAAGAAAUAAGGAAAUGGUAAAAGAGGCCAUAAGCCACGAGGCAUGUUUAAAAGAGAGGAGAGAGCAAGUACCGCAUAAAAAGGGGACAGUGGCGAGAAGCAACCCUGUGCUUGGCUGCCGAGACAGAUGGAAACUCAGAGAUAAAGUGAGAAUUUCAGGGCAGGUGAGAAAUGUCCAGUCACUGCCAGACAAUCUCAUGCCCUUUCUCUGAGGAAUGUCUUCUCAGGCGUGUAGUAUUCUAAUACAGCUCCCCCAAAAUGCACUCUAAAGUAAAUCUGAGAUCAACACUUCCAGAAACAUGUCCACUCCUCCUCCUUUGAGACAUGACACAUUGUCAUUGGUGCCAUUUGAUAGUGAGGUCACCUGGUGGAUUAGGACACCUUGGAGUAUUUCUGGAGGGUGAUUUGCCUUUCAGAGAGAUUUUUCUCAUCAAGCAGGUGGGAAAUAACUUCAUGGUUUCCAAGAGGAGCUCACAACACCAGAGAACGAUCUGAAGCAGCAGAGUGCCUCACAGGAGGUGAAGAAUGACUGAGAACGCAGCAGCGCCUGCCACCCUCAAUGCUACAGACACAACUGCACCUACCACGCCUCGCAAGGGGCCUCCCAAGUUCAAGCAACGGCAGACACGGCAGUUCAAGAGCAAGCCGCCCAAAAAAGGAGUAAAAGGUUUUGGAGAUGAUAUCCCAGGAAUGGAGGGCCUCGGAACAGAUAUCACGGUGAUUUGCCCUUGGGAAGCUUUCAGCCAUCUGGAGCUUCACGAGUUGGCACAGUUUGGAAUCAUCUAAUCUACCAGAAUCCCUGCUUUUGACCGGAGCUCUGAAAAGAGUCUAUCACCUGUGAUACUUAUUUCCACUCCUUCAAAAAAUUCUGACAUUUAACAAAACAGAUGGCUUUGUGGGGUCAGUUUCGAGCAACUUUCUUCUUAGAUUUACUUUGCAAGAAAGGGUGUUAAAAAUAUAUCCAACUGGCUCAUCAGCUAAGAAGUUGGAACGGUUCUAAAUGUUUUCGUCUAAAAUACAUUUUGUUCUUUUUCUCCCUAAAAUUCUCUUUCUAUGUACCAUCUAGGAUUUAUCUGUUUAGAUACAUAAAAAAAACCUUAACUACAUAUUUUCAUCUCAUCUUGGAUAAGUUAUGAGUCUGUGUGCUUGCAUAUGCAAUCCUAGAAGUCUUUGAAGUUUCCCUCAUUGUUCAAAUCUGCUCCCACGGCUCUCCUGCGCAUCCAUGAAAAUGAUCACAAAUUUUGAAUUGCAUUCCCACAUAAUGAAUACCCAAAACGAUGUGUAGGGAUGUUUCCAAACAUUCCAUAACCAUAAGCAGGAUACCCAGAGAGUUGCAAAAAUAAUUACCCAUUGUGCCAGGAAAAGACUUUGGAGCCUGAUAAGUUCCAUAGGCAGUAACACCACAGAAGCCAUCAAUGCAAGGGCUUGAUAACACUGUAGACAUUUUCUUAAUUACAGGUUUAUCAAUGUAGCUGUUAGAUUCCUGUUGCUCUAAUAAAAGUUACCGUUGCUCUAAUAAAAGUGCAUUAAAAGCAUGGUAUUUAUAUCCUAUCACACUUUUUCAUUCCUCAUGAGUAAAAUCUUAGUGAAAUCAGUUGCAGAGAGUUCCUUUUCUUGCAGAAGGGGAUAGUGUGCUCUGUCCAAGCUGAAAAGCACUCUCGCUUAUUAUUGUCACAUGGCUGAGGUAUGGCAAAGUCUCCCAAGCAGAGGUGGCUGGUGCCCAAUUGGACUCGUAGGGUAGGUGCCCAAUUGGACUCGUAGGGUAGAAGGCAGGGAAGCCAAUGAUAGGCAAGAACCAGAGCCAAUGACAGGCAAAGUCAACUAAUUCUAGUUUUGUCACCACCCUCCUCUACAAGGUCAAAACUGAGACUAAGGAGGAGGAGGAAACUUAUAGCCAGGCAGGAAUAACUCCUGGACUAGUUUUAAGUAAGAAGGCAGGAAGAUGGGAGGUUGCCUGAGAGCAGACUAAGGUUGGGGGGGGGGCAAUGCCCCAUUUGCCCAAAUGGACCAGCCACCAUGGCUCCUAAGUGAAGCUUGAGCUUCUAAUAAAGCUCCACCUGACUCCAGAAAUUUCAUUUACACAUGGCUGUAUACCUCAUGAGUAGAUUUAGAUGGCAGGUUUUAGUUAGGAAAAGUAACAGUCUUCUUUGAAAUAUCCAGUCCAGUUAUCUUUUGUGGUGUUUGACUACAGGAUCAGAUGAAUUUUCAUCUGAAACCAAGGCUGUAUAUACACUCCCAUUUGCCCUUCAUCCAGGGUGCUGCCACCACUGGUUUAGGAAGUGGUGUCCAUAUGGUGUUGGCAACAAUCCAUAUCUACCCUGAAUCUGUCCUGUUGCUGCUUACAAAAUUCUGCAUUUUGAUGCAUUUCCCAAAAAAACCAUCUUCAAUCCAAACAGAGAGAGAAAUUGACUUAGCUGUGUUUUAAGCUGGCAAUAUAUACACAACCUGACUUAUCAUCGAGAUCUAGGCACCAAUUCACAUAACGUACCUCUAAAAGUUGCUUCAUAAAUGACAUACUAUCUGCAUGAGUGUACUUUAUUUUAGAGGGGAGCUCUUUAUAUACCCCAUGAUUUGCAAGCGUUGCUCAAGAAUCUGUUUUACCACAUGCAUACAGCAUAACAUAGAAGCUUGCAUGGUUCUCAAAAUAGAUGUCAAUGGCGUCUCCCUACCCUGCCUUACAGGGUAUAUAUACCCAAAUCAGGAAAACACCCUAUGUGAAGCCGCUAUGCUGCCACAACUUAAUGGAGAUCCUGAUAGGCUCGUGUGACUAUAGGACAUACGUUUGUAGGUAGCAGAAUGAUUCAUUUUUGUAGCUUUCCACACCACUCCUGCCUUGCGGUCUUACAGCCCCAGGUGAUGGUGGCAAUGAUUAUUUACUAUCCUGCCUGCAUUCAUUCAGCCCAUUUGAAAUGGCUGUAGAAAACUCUAGGCUGAAGUUUUACCCCCAUUUAAUCCAAGACAAGUUAAUAGUGAGGUCGGUGGAUUAAGUGAUUUAUACUGUUUGAUAUUCAGAAUGGAGGAUGUUACUUCAUAAACAUUAUUCAUCUGAGCUCCACUCACCAUCUCCUACUAUUGGGAAACUUAUUUUUCCCCAUGUGCUGCUGCUGCUGCUUUUGACUUGUACUACUUAGAUUUGUGUAGUGUGAUCUCUAUGAGCCCGCAUUUUUACUUGAAAGCAUCGGUUUGUGUGUAUAAUGUGAUGAGCUCAGAACAACACACUCAUCGGCCAAAGUGGCAUGAUAAUAGUGUUGCACGCCAGCCCAAUCUCUGAGCGGUGCAAGAUUCCAGGACUUUCAGGCACUUACCCAUGGUUUGUGUUUCCUUUUGGAAAUGAGGCACAGUGGAAAUUGUGGUGUCUUUAUGAUAUAUGGUUUAUUUACAGAUCUAUACAGCCUGAGUCUACGAUGGAGGGGUUCACAGCAUCAACACCCCAAAAGGGUCUUGUUUCUGCCAUCAUCAAACACCAUGAUCUCUGACCAAUUUGUUGCUUUUCUUCUAGGUUACAUCACACACACUCUCUACUCUAAACUCUGACUCUGUUGAGGGAGGGGGCACUAGCAAUUAGCCGUCUCACACCAAGCCCCUUAAUCCCUCUUAAUGGCUCAUCACCCAGGCUGUCACCUCAUGCGAAGGUUAACUUGGCUUGAUUAGAUUUUAACACUUGCUGAAUCCAGGGAUUAAUUGGGGGGGGGGUCUGGGACCCACAAACCUAUAACACCAUCAAAGCUUUGAAGCUCAGAUGUAAGCCUCACCUCUUCUGCCUAGAGGGAAAAUCAUUAGGAAGUUAGCAACAGUGCUGCUU